GCAUCCAGGUUGUUUGAGAAGCUCUCGGUUUAAUGUUUUUUUUUUUUGUUUUGUUUUGUUUUUUAUCCGUAGUUUGAUUGAGAUCUAACCAAGGAUUUCUGUUGUGUUUUGAACACAUAUCGUAACUACCAUAAUGGAUUACCGCAUUUGUUAUAUCCUUCUCCUUUUGUUGCGCUACGGGGCGAAUGGAGACGUGAGCUAUUCGGUGCAAGAGGAAAUGAAACGCGGAUCUCCUAUUGGGAACAUAGCGAAGGAUUUGAACCUGGACGUGGGUAAAUUGUUACCUAGAAAUGCUCGUGUUGAUGCUGCCGGGACACGGAAACGAUAUUGUGAUAUCAAUCGGAGCACGGGGGAUUUAAUUAUCUCCGACAGGAUUGACCGUGAGGAGCUGUGCGGGGAACGGCCGACUUGUGUAAUAAAACGUGACAUUGUGCUGGAGAAUCCUCUCGAACUGCAUCCUUUCAGUUUACAUAUUCAAGAUAUUAAUGAUAAUGCACCACAGUUUAACGACGCAUCUUUUAAAAUCGAGAUCCGGGAGUCGGCAGGCAGGGGAGCUCGCUUUGUGAUCGAGGAGGCGCACGAUGCGGAUGUAGGACAAAACGCAGUCCAGCAGUACAGCCUUGAAAAGAACGACAAUUUUAUUCUGGCUGCUAAUGGAAACAAUGUGGAGCUUGUUUUAGAUAAAGAGCUUGAUCGUGAAAAGCAGAAAGACAUUAAUCUGCUGCUCACAGCUAUAGAUGGCGGAUCUCCUCGGAGAUCAGGUACAGUGAUCAUACAUGUAACUGUGCUGGAUGCUAAUGAUAACGCCCCAGUGUUCAGCCAGGCCGUCUAUGAAGCCAGUCUGCCUGAAAACUCUCCUUUAGACACUGUAGUGCUCACAGUGAGCGCAACUGAUGCAGAUGAGGGAGUGAAUGGAGAUGUUACUUAUGAUUUUGGACAUGUUUCAGAGAAUGUGAAGAAGGUUUUUGGCAUUGAUCAUAGGAAAGGAGAAUUGAAGCUCAUUAGUGCAAUUGAUUUUGAAACUAUUGCAACUUAUGACCUACGUAUAAAAGCAAAAGAUGGAUUAGGAUUGUCUUCAUACACAAAAGUGACCAUAGAUGUCACCGACGUGAAUGAUAAUUCGCCUGUAAUUUAUGUAAAGUCUCUAGCAAACCCAGUACCUGAAAAUGUGUCACCUGGUACAGAGGUGGGCAUCGUUAAUGUACAGGAUGCAGAUUCUGAUAAUAACCAAAAUGUCCGAUGCUCCAUUCAACAAAAUGUCCCAUUUAAGUUAGUUCCCUCUAUUAAAAACUAUUAUUCUCUGGUGACCACAGGACAAUUGGACCGUGAACUAGUUUCUGAUUACAACAUUACAAUCACUGCCACUGACGAGGGCUCUCCACCUCUGUCCUCCUCUAAAACUGUUCAGUUAUCUGUAGCUGACAUCAAUGACAACCCACCUGUGUUUGAGGAACAGUCCUACAGCGCACAUGUGAGUGAAAAUAACAAACCUGGCUCCACUUUAUGCUCCGUUUCUGCUCGAGACCCCGACUGGAGACAAAACGGUACAGUGAUUUAUUCUCUGUUACCUGGUGAGGUGAACGGAGCCUCGGUGUCCUCCUAUCUAUCUGUUAACGGAGACACGGGGGUGAUCCACGCUGUGAGGUCGUUUGAUUAUGAACAGUUCAGGAGUUUUAAAGUCCACGUCAUGGCCAGAGACAACGGUUCUCCUCCACUCAGCAGCAACGUGACCGUCAGUGUGUUCAUAUCGGAUGUGAAUGACAACUCUCCUCAGAUACUGUACCCCGCCCCGGAGGGCAGCUCCUUCAUGACCGAGCUGGUCCCCAAAGCUGCACACGGAGGCUCUCUGGUGUCCAAAGUGAUCGCGGUGGACGCAGACUCUGGACAGAACGCCUGGCUGUCCUAUCAUAUAGUCAAAGCCACAGAUCCUGGACUUUUCACUAUUGGUCUGCACAGUGGAGAGAUCAGGACACAGCGGGACAUUUCAGAAUCUGACAGCAUGAAACAGAACCUGAUUGUUGCAGUGAAAGAUAACGGAGAGCCCUCUCUGUCUGCCACCUGUGCCAUGUAUUUACUUAUUUCUGAUAACUUGGCUGAGGUGCCAGAACUGAAAGAUAUUUCUUAUGAUGAGAAGAACUCCAAGCUGACCUCCUAUCUGAUCAUUGCGCUGGUUUCUGUGUCCACCUUCUUUCUGACCUUCAUCAUCAUCAUCCUGGGUGUGAGGUUUUGUCGCAGGAGAAAGCCCAGACUGUUGUUUGAUGGAGCAGUAGCCAUCCCUGGAGCUUAUCUCCCUCCUAAUUACGCAGAUGUUGACGGCACAGGAACUUUACGCAGCGCUUACAAUUAUGACGCCUACCUGACAACAGGAUCUAGAACCAGUGACUUUAAGUUUGUAUCAUCUUACAACGACAACACGCUGCCUGCUGACCAGACUUUGAAAAAAAGCCCAACAGAGUUUGCGGAUGCCUUCGGAUGCUGUGAUGAUUCUCCUGAGGUAUGAAUCUUUCCUAUGUAA